AGGAGGGUUUGCCAGGAAAAAGUAGUAUAAAAUUUGAAAAGCGCGGGAGUUAGUGUUUUUGAAAGAAAUUAUUACGAGUGACUGUGAGUGUGAGAUAUGAUUCAUAUGAACAUGAAUGUCGCCGAAUAUCAACCUCUCUCUCUACAUUUAAUAUCCUCCGCAUUCCAACGAUGCCGAGCUUCCGAACACCUUUGCAGAUUAUCCAUCACUCUCCGCCUCUCCGUUCAUUCCAACGUUCAAAUCUCAAUCUCGGAUACUGGUAUCGGAAGCUGUUUGGAAGAGUUUUUUGAUUUGAAACUCUGUUCGGAAGAUUUCGGCUCUGAAUAUUGGGAUGGAGUGCUUUCUGUUACCACCACAAGUAUUUCUGAUGAUGAGAUAUAUAAUUAUCUGUUAAGUACGAGAGAAUGUGUUUCUGAAAAAAAGUUGACAAGGCUACCUUCAAAACCGAAGAAUGGUGUGAAAUUCAGUGGGACUGAAGUAUGCUUGCUAGUUUCCAAAAAUCUGGAUGUCUUAGUGGGAGAGAUUAAGUGCUUUUUGCAAAAGAUACUCGUUCUGAAGAUUCCGAGUGUUGCAAUUGAGCUGGUGGUUGAACGUGAAGAUACUCCUCGAUCAAAGGACGAAUAUCUCUUUUUAGCAAAUGAAUGGAAUCCGUUGCCUUUCUCAGCUUCAAACCUUGAACGUUUAAAAUCAGGCCUUGAAGAAUAUGUAUUGAAGCAUGGAAAUAUAUUAAAUACACAGUGCCACUCAUGUUUCCCAAAUUCUGGGACUCUCAAGGUUGGGAGUGGAAUGGUAAGUCAAACAAAAAGUCGUAGAAAUACAGGUCUGGUGAUGGAAGCAGUGAUUGUAAUAAGUGAAAUAUCAGACCAAACAAGUACUUGCUUCAGAGCAUGUGGUGCUAAAACAGAGGUUUUAUACUUCAAAGAUUUCUCUUCUUGUACGAUCACUCAAUCAUCUUUGAAGGCACUGCAAAGCAUCGACUGGAGAAGUUAUGGGUUGGAAUUGGGGAGUGUCGAGAAUCGAGGUAGCAAUGUACUAAUAGAGUGGGAGAACUUACCUGCACAUGCUCAUAUAGAUAUCGUCCUCCAUCUAUACAAUGAGCAAUAUCCUAUACACUGUCAUACUCUCAUAGUCCUGGUACCAUCAACGAGGCGAAAGAUUCAACUAGACAGUAAUCUUACUAAAAAAGCAGUUAAGCUUGCACUGGAUGAUUUGAGGGAAAAACACACUGGAGUACUCUUAAGUGCUCAUGCUCUUAAGAUUUGCAGUCAUGCUCCUGAUCUGGCAAAAACAAUGGCCGGCCUAAUUUUGUCUUCCGAGGACAUAGAUUUCCAAACAGAAUGCUUUUCAUUACUUGGUUUGCAGUCUCAAGAUGUUGAAGGUGAAACAGUUGAAGCUUGCAUAAAUGAAAAGAUUAUUUCAGUCAUUGAAAUGAAUGACAAGAAGCCCCAGAGAAGCAAAGAUGUAGCUCCGUUUCUUUUUGAAGAUGAUUGCGGCUUUCAGGAACCAGGGCUGGAAUACGAUGAAUAUGAAGGUGAGAAUGCUUGUAGUCCCAUGGAUAUAUAUAAUUGAUUAACUAAUUUUUCAACCUGCAUAUAUUACAUGACUAGUUCUCGUGGUCUAGUUUAUUUCUUUGUUCUGUUCACCUAGCUAGCUUGGAUAUGUGUCAUAUAGUUUAGGUGUCUCCCCCCUAAAACAAAAAGGAAACAAUUUGAGUACUUUGACUGGGAAACUUACAAUGGAUCACCUUAUUCCUUAAUGAGCGAGCCUCGAGUGAGUGGCCUAACACCAUGUAUAAGGUGGCAUCUUUUAUGUGGUUGGUAUUUAAAAUUUGGAUUUCACUUGUUGUAAUUCAAUAAAAUCAACCACAAAGUGUUUUCAUGUAGUAUUGAAAAACUUAAAGAGUUCAAUUGUAUUAAGUCAGCUUAUUUUGAGGGGACCUUUUUUCUUUAAUUCUAAACCAUUGCUACUAGGCCACUAGUCAUGUCCGUUUCAUCCAGCAUGAUGGGAAUGUGAUUACUUAUUUGUUCAUGAUGAUUACCUUUCCACAUACAAAGAGGGUAGUGUUGAUCCCCAAAGUAUUAUUUGAGUAGGGUCCAUUUGAGAAUCUAGAAUUAGGCAACAAUCCAAUGAAGGUCGAUUCCAUGAUGACCUUGACAAAAUUAUCUAGGCCAAUUCAAAGCCGCUACGUGUAAGCUAACCCAGUUUUUAGCCAUACAUUCCACAAAGAUAUUCUAUUACCUUCAAUUUUCAGUUCAUUCCAAUCGCUUGGUUUUGUCAUUGCUAUUACAUUACACCAUCAUGUAAUAUUGUAAUUGAGCAUUGAGCGAAAUAUUUGUUCUCGAAUCCACACCCUACGUUAAAGUGAUAUUUUACGAGUACAACAAAAACUAAUUAAAUAUUAUAUAUUUCCUCUAAAAAAAUCAAUAAUUAUAUUUUAUAUAUUUCUUCUCGGUUUUGUCUUACUGAAGGUCCUUCUAAUAAAAUUUUGAUAUUUAAGUUAUGUGAAAGUAAAAUAAUUACUCGGGGCCUGUUAAAAGUUUUGCUUAUCAUUUAAGAAAAGUAUUUUAAUGAGUACAGAAAAGGAAAAAGGAGAAUUUGGACUCUGAAAAUUGAAGAUUUUUGACAAGUUAGAGUAUUAAAAUUAAACUAAUUAACACCGAGUCAAAAGGACAAGUUUCAUUUAUGCAUUCAAUACAAGUUUAUGUAAUAUAAAUAUUUUUUUUUUCUCCGCACUAAACAUAUGUAAAGUAACAAACAUAAAAUCUUGGUUAUAAGACAUUGAGUGAGGAAUCUAUAAAAGUAUUAAUUCUUGAUUACUAACUAGUAAAAGUAAACAGCCUGUAAGAAAAGGUGUACCAAAAUUAGGUAGUAGGAGCACACACCAACUUCGAAAAGAGAAAUUUGUUUAUAUAUCAGAUCAUAUAAUAGUACUCUAUAUAUAUAUAUAUAUAUGAUAUCAAAGUUCAGGCAGCAGAGGGUGCAGGGAUGUAGGCCAUCCUUGGCUCUGGCAUAGAAGCCAUGAUCGAUGAGGUCCUUGAGAAAUUAGUAUUUUCAUCAGUCGUUGAGUGUGCGUUUUCAGGCUUCUUAUAGUCGAGUGACUCGUCGUUGUAUAUUUCCCACCAUUUGGCCACCAAGAUAUUGAUGUCUUCUCUGUCCAUAUUAGCUUCCUUACCAGUGAAACGCCAUG